AUGAAGAAGAUUUUUGGAUUUGAGAGUUGGAAGGCCAAGUCACCCUUUGGAUCCCUAACCAGACAACAGAAGAACAACACAGGCCUCACUCCUGAGGCUUGUAAUAGUAUCACCUCUUGGAACCGGUACCACAUCCGAGAUAAAGAUCUCAGAAAGAUCCACAGAGCUGCCAGCGUAGGCGAUGCGCAGGAAAUGGAGGAGAUUCUUUUGAAAAGUUUAAGGCACUUAAAUGAUAGAGACAAAAUGAACAGGACUGCUCUACAUUUGGCCUGUGCCAAUGGCCAUCCGAAAGUGGUAGCUCUCCUAGCAGACAGUAAAUGCCAGCUUAACCUUUGUGACAAUGAAAACAAGACAGCCCUGAUUAAGGCCGUACAAUGCCAAGAGGAGGAAUGUGCAACUAUUCUGCUGGAACAUGGUGCUGAUCCAAAUAUAAUGGACAUCUAUGGCAACACGGCUCUGCACUAUGCUGUUGCUGGCCAUGAUAUGGAUAUGGCAGCAAAGCUGCUUUCAUACAAGGCCAAUAUUGAAGCAAGGAACAAGGAUGAACUCACACCACUUUUACUUGCUAUCACUGAAAACAAACAGCAAAUGGUGGAAUUUUUAGUAAAGAAAAAUGCAGAUACAGAUGCAGUCGAUAAGAUGAAAAGCAAUUGCAAACUAAUUUCUGAAUAUGAAGAACAAAGGAGAUGUGAAGAGUCUUCUCAGAAUAGCAAUCCAGGGAAUGAGAGUUCUGAAGAAGACUCUGUAAGCAGACUUUCCAGAAAACCUGGCCUUGAUGAUUCAUGGCCUGAAUCAGAGGACGAAGACUUCGGUUUUGCUUCCAAGAAUGUCAUGAAUCCAAGCUUAGCAAAGAAAACGACUGCUGUUCACCAAUCCCUAAAAAACACAGAAGCAAACUAUGCUAUUGUGAGAUCAGAAAAUGGAACAUUGUAUAAGGACGAUAAAAUUCAUAUUGAAAAUGAAUCUGUGGUUGAAACCCUUCCCAAACCAUCAACUACAGACCAGGGAUGGUCUCGUCCUGAUUUUCCAUCACCUGAACCUCUUCUAAAACCUUCACUCAUGUCUUUAACAGUCCUUGGUCUUACAAAAGAAGAUGUAACAAAGCCGGUAGUUGGAAACAAAGAAAAUAUUAUGAAUAUUAAUGAAAGGACUCCACAGGAACAAAGAAAUAAGGACAAUUUGACUUAUGUUGAUGGAGCACAUAAAAAUAAUACAAGUGGAAUAGAAGAAGCGGAAGAUGUAGAAUCACCUUGGAAUUAUGAGAAUUUUUUUGCCAAUACACCAAAGGAGUAUGUUGAUCACUUAUCUGGAGCUGCAGAUCAAAGAAGAAAACGUAUAGUAUAUGGGCAAAUAAGAGAAUAUCGAACGCUGAUUACGCAUUAUUUCUUCAAUGUGUUUUAUGUAUCUUUUUGCAUGAGUGGAUCAUGAAAGUUUAAGAUGGCUAAACUAGAGAAUACAAGUAAUGUAGGCAUAACAGUAGCCUACAUUUAUUCUCUUGAAAAACAUCCUCACUUGAAGCCUACCAUUGAAGUGAAAGAUGCUGUGGUUAAAAAAGCAGUAGAAAUAAAGGAUACACUAACAUCCAGAUCAGCAGAACUAGACUUAUCAAUAACAUCAGAGGAAGAGCAAGAAAGACUUGAUGGAAGCCAACAUAACUACCCACAGCUUGUAGAAGAAAGGAAGAAGCACAAAAAUAGUGACAUGGAAGUAACAGAAAACAUACGUAAUGCUGCUGCUAAAGACAACGAGGGAUUAAUUCAACACAGAAAGAAUGGGAAAACUGAUAACGAGCAAUUUUCUAUUAUGGAAAAAGAAGAUUCUGAUAGGUCUGCAAAGAAAACAUCUAAUGAAGAGAACAAGGUCAAAGAGCAAAUUAAUUCCGUGGAUGACCUCCAAGAUUUAACUCAGUGUUUUGAAACAGUAGCAGAAUAUUGCAAGUUGCCUUACUUUAAUUAUCAGAAAUCUGAACAACUUGGCACGGAUUAUAAAGAUUCUCCUAGUUUAUUGAAUAUCCAGGAUGCAGUUAUAUCAUAUGAAAGACUGAAAGAGUUUAGAAACAAUCACUGUGAACUCCAUUCAGAAAAAAUUAAAAAAAUGAACACUCAGAUAACUGAACUACAAAGGGAUCUAUCAGAAAUGAAAGAAAUGAAAUCACAGUUAGAGCAUCAAAAACUGCAAUGGGAACAAGAACUCUGCAAUUUGAGAUUUGCCUUACAACAAGAAAAGGAAAAAACAAAAAAUACUGAGAUGUUCUAUAAAAGAAUUAGGGAACAGUUAAGAACAAAAGAAGAGCAAUAUUGUAAAGAAGUUGAAAUAAAACAACAACUUGAAAUCUCUCUUAGAACACUAGACUUAGAAUUGAAGACUGUAAGAAACAAUUUCAAUCAGGUUGUAAAAGUGCAAAAUACCACUCAGAGGCAACUUUCUCGAGAACGGAACGCCAGAAUAUCACAAGAUGCAAUCCUGACCAAUCACCUUUGCAAACUAAAGGAGAUAGAAAUAGCUCUUAAGAAAAUUAAUUCUAAGGUUUCUGAUACUCAUGAAAAAGAAAAAGAUAUGUCACAUAAAAAGCACAUGUUGCUGGAUGAAAUUGCCAUGCUAAGACUGGAAAUAGACACAGUAAAAAAUCAGAAGCAGGAGGUGGAAAAAAAGUGUUUGGGGGACAUUGCAAUUGUACAAAAAAAGAACGACCAUCUUCAAAAGACCAUAAAACUGUAUAAGGAAACACUAACAAAAAAAAUAUUUCAAUGUAAUAGUCUGCUUAAUGUUCAGAAAGCUGAGAAUACUACACUAAACUCUCAACUUGAGGAUGAGAAACAAAACAAAGAAAGACUGGAAACGGAAGUUGAAUCCUACCGUUCUAAACUGGCUAGUGCUAUACAUGAUUAUGAGCAAAGUCAGAUGUCAAAAAGUGACCUAGAACUUACUUUCCAGAGAGGAAGACAUGAAUGGUUUCAUUUUCGGGACAAAAUGAAUUUUGAUAUGUCUCACCUGAAAGAUAAAAAUGAGAUUCUUACUCAACAACUUUCUAAAGCUGAAAGUAAAUUGAAUAUGCUAGAAACUGAGCUCCAUCACACAAGAGAUGCUCUCAGAGAAAGGACUGUAGUUUUAGAACAUGUACAAACAGACUUAAGCCAAAUACAGUGUCAGAAGAAGGAAAUUGAACAAGAUAAAGUGAAUAAAUGCACUGGAAAGCAGGAAUCCUUAGAAGAGAAAUUAUAUCAGCUACACAGCAAAAAUGCAAUACUUCGACAGCAACUGGAUGAUGUUCACAGCAAAGCCGACAAUAAAGAAAAGAUAAUAAUUAAUUUCCAAGAACAGUUUCAGGAUACGAUAAAAAGACUUCAGGCCAAAAGUGAAAAACAAAGUCAUAUGCUAGAAGAAAAAAAUCAGGAGUUAAUCAAUGAAUUGCGUCAUUUGAAAGAAAGAAUGUAUCAGCGUGAAAAUGAUGAAGAAAGAGAGGUAAUUAUCCAGAAAGAUAAAUAUUUUUCAAAAUUUCUGAAAGAAAAUUCCAGCUGGCUCUUGUCUGGGACGUUAGCUGAGGCCAUCUCAGUUGAAACAUCUAUAAGAGGAAUGACUGUGUACCCUGGGUUUCUUCAUUCUUCACAACAUGGUAUCUGGGUUCUCAGGACUGGUGAUCUUCCAGCAAAACUGGAAACUGCAUCUUCAAAAUGUUUACGUCUAGAUGAAGAAAAUCAGUUUCUCCAACAGCGGUUAUUAUCCAUGAAAGAAAUACAAAAGAAAUGUGAAAAACUAGAAAAUGAAAACAAGAAGUUGAAACAAGAAUUAGUAAACCUCAAGAGUCACAUAAAAAAGAAUAUGGUAAAAUACAGUGAAGUUGAACAGUAUAAACAGGAGAUUGAAGAAAGAGCAAGACAAGAAAUACUCGAAAAAUUAGAAGAAGUCAAUCUCUUUUUACAGGCACAAGCAGCAUCUCAAGAAAACUCAGAGUGGUUAAGAGAGAAUAAUUCUACAAUAAGAAGUCAAAUGGAACUCAGAAUUAAAGAUCUGGAAUCUGAACUCUCCAAAGUAAAAACUUCUCAAGAAGAUUCUAAUAAAAUGCAAUUGGAAACAUAUAAGCAACUCUACCUAGAGGAACUGAAAGUUAGAAUGUCAUUGGAAAGUGAACUAAAUGUGAAAAAUGAAAAGCUAGCAGAGAUCAGUUCCGAACUUCUAGAGAAACAGCAGAGCAGAACUUUACUCUGCACUGAUAUUACAAGGCCAGUCCUGGAGCCACCAGGUGUUGGAAGUCUUAAUCAUAGUCUCAUAAGCCAUAGAAAUCUUGCUCCAAGAGUAAACUUGGUGACUUCUGCCUCAACCCCAUGGACUUCAAAUAAUAGCAUGGACGCUUACUUUACCAAGAUGCAGCAGGAGAUGGAUAAAAUGAUAACUAAAGAAUUCAAAGAAGCAACUGCUGAAUUUGAAUAUGAGUCCCAUAAACCUUCUCCUCUACAUUCUACUGAUGAUCUACUUUUGAAAGCCUCACAAGAACAUACACAGAUUUUGAAGAAAAAUUAUAUGAUCUAA